AUGGCCCUGCAAGGCAGAGACCUGAUCCUUGCCUUCAUCACAUGCUUCAUAGCUUGGGGCUACGCCGUCAGUUGGUUGCCGACUUUGCGAUGGAUGGGCUACGCCUUGGUCGGAGGAGUCGUCUUGGCCACCGUCAUCUUGUUCGCCUUCAUACUGCUCACGUCGCGCGGUUCCAGGCGCAGUUUGCGACAUCGAUCUCCACGUCCGAAUGGCCCUGCGUUCCUUGCGCCAAAGGCCUGGGCCCGCGAGGUUGCUAGUCUCCAGACACGACAGGCCUACUCGAAAGUGCCGCUCGACCCUGACUCCCGCCGCAUCUCCAAAGCUCUCGACGACCUUCUCGAGCUCAUAAUCCGCGACUUUGUCAGUUCGUGGUACUCCAACAUCAGCAAAAACCCCGUCUUCUCAAACCAAGUCGACAAAGCUGUGCGCGAUGCCCUUAUCAGUAUCCGGGAGCGACUUCUUGAGCUCGAUCUUGUGGAUAUCGUUACAACGCGAGUUGUUCCAAUAUUGACAGCACACUUCCGAGACUUCUACGAGGCCGAAAGAGCUGUGCGGGGGAAGAAACUGAACCGAUCCGUAACGGAAUCUGAGGAGCUGGAUCUUGCCAUCGCCUCCAAGUACAAGGACGGAAAACUUCAUCCCGCAGCUUCAUUGUCGUUCCCUGACACGAAACUCGUACAACAGGAUUAUUUGCGGAAUAUGGUCUCUGGAAUCUUGCCAAAAGUUCUUCCGCCCAACGUGCUUGCUAGUCGAGCCGUAUCCACCAUCAUUCGAGAGAUCGUGGCUUGCGCCGUGCUGUUUCCUGUGAUGCAGAUUCUGGCCGAACCUGAUACCUGGAACCAAGUGAUGGAGAACUAUGGCCGCUCCAUGUUGCAAGAUCGAUCAACGGUCCGAAAGCUCAGAGCGGCAUUAGACCAGCAUGCCUCCCCGACGCCAAGGUCUAGCAAGGCCACCAUCAUCCCCCGGCUCUCACCCACCGAUAGUGAGAGAAAGUUUGAAAAGUUCAUUCGGGCGAUACGCAAAGUCAACAAUCUCUCUGAUGCCAGGAGAUUACGAAGCGAGGUUGCAAGCCAAUUAAAACGUGAUUCCCUGGAAGAAAAUCAAGAUCAGGUUUAUCUUCGCCGGUUGGAGAUGGGCAAGCGGCUGUUAGAUCAACGCGUCCAACUUCUUGCAGCGGGCGGUAGCCGGCAAGCUUCUGCAACUCUGCCCGCUCGCCCGGCUAGUGUUCCUCGGACAGUCUCAAAACUCGAAAACGCAUCACUGGUCGACUUGCUUCGAGACGCAUCCGGCUUAUCCUAUUUCAUGGAGUUUAUGGACCGCCACCGCAUGAUGCCUCUUGUCCAGUUUUGGCUGGUUGUGGACGGCUUCCGAAACCCUUUGGAGGAUGAGGGUCAAGAUGACGAGCACUUGCCCUCCAAUUUACCAAUGUGGACUGAUUCUGACCGUCUGGACCUGGCCCAGAUCGAUCACGCAUAUCUAGCCAAGCCUGAACUGAAGGUCUCACAAGCCUGCCGAGAUGAAGUCCGAGCCUUUUUGGACGCCGGCAAAACGGCAACCCCUGAGCAAUACUACAAGGCACGCGGGGCCAUACUGAGGGCCCAGGCUGCUGUCUUGGAGAAAAUGCAAGCUCAAUACUUUCAGGCCUUUAAGAAGUCCGAUCUCUUCUACAAGUGCCUAGCAGCGCAAGAAGCAUCGGCAACCGUCGCGCACGCCCCCGUCGCAGAGGCAUCUGCAUUGUCGCAAGCACAUCCACCAAUGUAUCGAAGUUCUCAGUCGUAUCAGUCCAAGCCAAACCCUGUCGCCCGCUUGGCCCCUAGACUUUCACGCCCGCUAUCUAGGCGUUCCGGAUCCGCAUCCGAUUUGACGAGUCUCAAUACUAAUGGCGGUGGCUCGGAAUCGGUACCGCGGCAACGUCAUUCUCUCGAUGAAGAAACCCCAACGCCGUUGUUUGAUGAUGACGAUUUUGACCAAGACGGCAUGAUGGACUCUAUUCAGAGCCUUGACCAGGAUGCAGGCAAGCCUGUUCCAGAUACCAACAUAGUGCAGGCCAUGGAGGAAGCGUUGAACAACAUCAUGGAGGAUAACCGACCGCAAACAGCUGAAGAGUUUCGAGCUUCGCUUUUUGGGCCCGACGAUACGCUCGACCGUUCAAGCUUGUUUUCCGGAGACAACGACUCUCAGCGUGGAUCGCUUGAGGUGUCAAGAUCUGCUGCGCAAUCCUCCAAGGAGGCCGAGAAGCCAAGUCUAGCGUCCCUAGGGCUUGUUAGCGCGGCAUCGCGCAUAGGAGUUUUCGUGGACGAUGACUUGUUCGGCGACGAGGAUAAGUACCUCUCCGACGAAAGAGACGACGGGGACGAUGAGGGCAACGGAGAUGUAGAAGACGAGGUGCACGAAGCAGCACCAGGCGAUCUUGGACUAGCAGAAGCCAUCACAGCGCUAUCCAACGACAUUGACCGUCUUGUUGCGCAAGAUGCCAUUGUUGAGUCACUGACGAAGAAGGCGGAGCUUACCAAUAACACAGCCGAACUUCGGAUUCUCCGGAAGUCCAAGGCAAGUUUGCAACGCGAAAUCCGUCGCAAGGAACUCCAAAGGCAGCAAUACGUCGUGCAGGAGAGCGAUAACAGCCUGUACGGACGGUCCACUAUCAAGAUCAAGGCUAUUCAGGUGGGACGAGAAGAAGACGGCAGAGAGUUCGCCUUGUACGUGGUUGAGGUGCAAAGAGAUGCCGGUGAAAAGAUGCCGGCAGCGACAUGGGUGAUUACCCGCCGAUAUAGCGAGUUUCAUGAGUUGCAUCAGAAGCUUCGCUCAAGAUAUCCUUCAGUCCGCAAUCUCGACUUCCCACGUAGGCGAAUGGUCAUGAAGUUCCAGAGCGAGUUUCUUCGUAAGCGCCGGGCAGCCCUGGAACAGUAUCUUCGCGAGCUUCUGAUGCUGCCAGAGGUCUGCAGGAGUCGGGACCUGCGGGCGUUCUUGUCUCAGAGUGUGAUCGCGCAGGGUACAGACAUCAUGGAUCGCGAAGACAAAAAGGAUAUGAUCACAAGGUUGUACGACUCUGUGACAGAUGGCGUAGAAGAUAUUCUGGGUAAUAUUCCAGUCCUAGACCAGCUGUCACUGGCUGGUCAAAACCUCAUCGCGGCAGCAACAAACCAGCUCAACGCCAUUCCAAUGGCUGUUAACGAGGACGGCGUAAGCGCUGCCGAAGCCGAAGCCGAAUUGAAUGCGUUUGAGAACAAGGAACUAGAGUCUUUCAUCAAGCCCAUCUGCGACAUUUUUCUCGAAGUCUUCGAACUCAACCGAGGCAACAACUGGCUCCGUGGGCGUGCUGUGGUAGUUGUUCUACAACAGCUUCUUGGCGGCACGAUUGAGCGCAAAGUGCGGGACAAUGUCAAGAUGUUGGUCCAGGAAGACGCGGUACUUAGGUAUAUUGCCCUCCUCAGGGACAGCAUGUGGCCGGGUGGUGAGAUGAAUAAGAGCCGGCAACCGCGGACAUUAUCGGAGAAGAAGAAGACAAGAACGGAAGCUAGUUUGAUGCUGGCAACUCUCGUACCAGAUCUAGCCGGGAGCGUAGUUGGAAGAGUGAAUGCUCAGGCAGCCAGCCGGCGGGUGUUUGCCACUUUCAACAAUUCCAGGCUCAAGUAA